AAACUCGCACACAAGGCAAAAGAUCGACCAGCACCCAAGUGGUGUGCCUGGCGUUCUCACUCCGACCAAGCUCGAACAUGAUGAUGACUGCACCUGCGCCGCUGCUCUCGUCCUGCAACCAAGCGGGCACACCGGCCUCGUCGCCGUGCAUCCCAAACCAUGGCGGCGAUACCGAUUCCGACGACGACCUGACCACGCGUUCGUCUGCGUGCCCGCCGCGCCAACGCAAAGGUUCGUUGAAGCGACCGUUGGCCAGUAUGUACGACAGCGUGCAACCGUGCGACUUGGAGAUGCUCAAAGUGAUUGGUCGUGGCACGUUUGCGCAGCAGGUGGCGCUGGCUAAGGACCGGCUGACGUCGCACGUGUACGCCGUCAAGAGCUGUGACAAGCAAAACCUCGUGAAUCGCAAGCAAGUCGUGCACACGUGGACCGAGAAGCACAUUUUGGAGAAGCUUCGUGGCCACCCGUUCAUCGUAACGCUGUUUUCGACCUUCUCGACCCCCGACGAAGUCCACUUUGUGCUCGAGUACUGUCCCGGCGGCGAAUUGUUCUACCACUUGCAUCAACAAGACCGGUUCGACGACGCAAGCGUCCAAUUCUACGCGGCCGAAGUGCUCACGGCCCUCCAAUCGCUGCACGUGGCCAACAUUGUGUACCGCGACCUCAAGCCCGAAAACGUGUUGCUUGAUGCGGGUGGGCACAUUCGAUUGGCUGAUUUUGGGUUUUGUAAGGAUAUUGGGGAAUCGGAUCGAACGUAUUCAUUUUGUGGGUCCCCCGAGUACUUGUCGCCUGAAAUGAUCCGACGACGAGGGCACACGGUGGCCACAGACAUGUGGUCGUUUGGGUGUUUUUGCUUUGAAUUGGCGGUGGGCCACCCACCGUUUCAACUGCACGACGACGCGGCCCUGCCCGCGCUCUUCGAGUCGAUCACCGCCGGACGAAUGUACUACCCGCCCCAGCUUUCCCCAACGUUUGUUUCUUUUUUGAAACGCUGCCUCGAUGUCAAUGUACAAAGUCUUACAUAUAUUUGAGUAUGUAAAGUGACUGAUGAUGAAAAUAUCCUUGGUAGCCGGUGACCCGUUUCACGGCCACGGAAGCCAUGGACCACCCGUUCUUCAAAGACAUUGUGUGGGCGCAAGUGCUCGCCCGCCAACUGACGCCGCCAUUUGUCCCGCCAUCAAACGGGGUCGAGUGCACGCAGAAUUUCGACGACGAUUUCACGUCGGAAAGCCCACGAAGCCCCACGUUGUUGGAAAUGAAACAGCAGCACAAGAGGCAGCAGCAACUCCACCACCCACCACAACACGACGGGGACGACCCCGUCGACGUAUUUUGCAACUUUUAGAUGUGGGAGCUGCUGCAUUUAUAUUAAUACUACUAAAAUACUACUUGCUAGAAAAGUAAAAAACGAAAUUUAAUUAACCAUUUUAUGAGUA